CUGGCCUUUAUAUUCAGGAAUUGCAUAAACAAACCUCGUUAUCAUAUUUAUUCUUUAAAAUGUCAUUUAAUAUAAUGCAGAAGCUCACCCUGCAGUGCCUGAAAGCGGAUCAGCCACUGAUGACCACUGUUCGGAAUGCCAGCAAGAAAACCGGCGGCAGUACGCGGAACAAGAAGGGUCAUGCCAGGCCAAAACAUCGAGGAUGGCGUGUCCAGGAUGGACACCAUGUCUCCGAGGGCACCAUACUGGCUACCCAGCUCACUACGCGCUUCCAUCCGGGUCUGAAUGUGGGCUUUGGUCGCAAUGGAACCCUCUUCGCCAUGGAGCACGGCAAGGUGUACGUCACCUGCGAACCGAUCGAUCCCAACUGGGAUCACACCUGGAUUCAGCGAAACUACGCCGGUCGCCAGGACCAAACCAUUUAUAAGAAGUUUUUUAAUGUUAUACCCGAAAACCAGCAUCAGCGUUUUCGAUUAGUGGAGGAAAUCUAAAAUGUUAUAUAUUAAAUAAUACCUACUUUGAACUUGAA